AUAUAUGAAUAUCUGCAAUACUAAACUUUGCACAAGUUAUUACAAAAAAAAAAAAAAAAACUUUGCACAAGUUUACUGAGAAGAAAUAUAGUGAGAAGAAGAGCAGCGAUGGAUUUCUCUCCCCUCUCCUCGGCCUUGGCCUCCAAAUCGUAUGAAAGGAUCGCCGAUAUCUGUGACGAUAUCAUGCUUCAGGUCGCAGCGGAGGGCGUCUCUUUCCAGGAGGACUGGCCUUACGCCAUUCAUCUUCUCGGUCACAUUUACGCCGGCGAUAUUAACAGUAUGAGAUUUCUUUGGAAGUCUAUGCCUUCUGCGGUCAAGGAGAACAAUCGCGAAGUGCAGGCUGCUUGGAGAAUUGGUCAGAAGCUCUGGGUGCGGGACUAUGUGGGUGUGUAUGAAGCUAUUCAUGGAUUUAACUGGAGUCAGGAAGCUGAGGGUCUUGUUGCGGCCUUUUCAGAUCUUUACACCAAGAAGAUGUUUCAGCUGCUGCAGUCUGCUUAUUCUACAAUAAGCAUCCAAGACACAUCUCUCUUUCUGAACAUGAAUGAUGAUGAUGUGAAAAAUUACGUACAACAGCAAGGAUGGAUUGUGGACCCUGCUUCUCAAAUGAUCACUGUGAAGAAGCAGCCUAUAGUUACUGAGCAGAAACUGAAUCCCAGUAAACUGCAGAACUUGACGGAAUAUGUGUUCCAUCUAGAGCAUUAAUGCAGUUUUUCAGGCAACUGAAGAUGUGAAUUGUCCUUGUUACGCCGCUGCUUACUUAGAUUAUGAUUUUGUAGGAGAAACGCUUCAAGGAUUUUAGAUUGUGUAUCUAUGGAAGCUUUUGAGCAUAUUAUUUUUCAAUAGGCUGCUAUACAAUACAGGUUCAGAACUAGGGUUUAUUAUAAGAAGUGCUACUACCUAAUUGUCCUGUCAUCUGAAGUAUCUUUCCUAGUCCUAAUUAUACUGCUUUUUAAUCAGUAGUUAAUUAUUUUUACCUUGGUAGUUUGAGUUC